AUGGUUCAUAGAAAUCCCAAGGUAGUGGCUAUCAAGCUUCAAACAUUGAGGCAAGAUUUUGAGAACCUCAGGAUUAAGAACACAGAAACGGUUCAAAAUUACAUCACAAGGGUUAUAGACCUUGGAAACCAGAUGAAGAGCUUGGGAGAUACUAUUUCUGAAGCAAUGGUUGUUGGGAAGCUGUUAAGAAGCUUGGGACCCAAGUUCAACCAUGUUGUCAUUGCCAUUGAAGAGUCCAAGGACCUCACGAAGCUCACCAUGGAGGAUGUGAGUGGAUCUCUGGUCGCUCACAAAGCUAGGCUACUAAGACAAGCCGAUGAUCAAGUUGGUAAAGAAGAGAAGGCCUUCCAUGUCAAAGGUGAAGCAGUGGGCGUUAGAGACAAGGAGAAGGGAGUCUCUAGAGGUCGAGGAAGAGGUUUCUCUCGUGGGAGAUUCAGAGGAAGAGGAAGAGGUCGAUCAACAGAUAAUCGGUAG